UGCUCAGAUCCUCUGUCAGAUUUCCUUACCCCAGCUGGAGUGCUAGCACGCAUGUGCAGCACAGGCUCCAGCUGACUCCCCUCACCGGAAGUGACGAGGGGUAGGGGAUUUUCACUGGGUAGGGGAUUUGGAUAGAGCUAUGUAUCACUUCAUGUUGCGGAAAAGUGACGUCAUUUCCUGUCUGGCUUCAAACUAGUGCAGUGGACCAUACGAACAUGGAGCCCAGUCACUUCCUGGAUUUAGGAAGUACAACAAGUUAUUAGCUGUCACUAGAUCCCUACAUUGGGCUGGCAGGGACUUCCUGCUAUGACUGUAAGGCAGACAAGACAGAAAACUGACUUUUAAAACUCUUAUAUUGUGUGACUGUGUGUGUAUGGCAAAAGGAGACUAUGGGAAAACUAUUUACAGGGAUCUAACCUGAGAAAUGUUGUAAGGGAAAGGACAUUUUAAUUAGAGAAUAUUAAAUUGGAGAUUCCAAUUUGGGAGGGACGGCUUAAUUGCAGGGUAUUGUGGGCAUCUGGUUUAGGGAGGGAAGGGGUUAAGUAAUUAUUUAUAUAGCGCCAACAUAUUCUGCAGAGCUUCACAAUUAUAGAAUGGGAAUAAUUGAGAACAAGUAGUUGACAGAAAAUAACAGCGACAAAAGGCGAAGGAGGCACUGCUCAAACAGGUUUACAAUAUAUAAAUGAAGUUUUGAAUUUAAGAAGGAGAUCUAGUUUGGAGGGAAGGAAGGGUUUAAUUUUCAGAAGACUUGAAUAGAGGAAGGGCAGUUAAUCGUCAGUUGAUGUUGGGAUAUGAAUAUAAUAUAAUUGACACAAAGGUGUAAAUGGAAUGAUAACAUUACUUGGGUGUAACAAUUCGAUUUGUAAUUGUAUAUUACGUAGCACCACAGUAAUAUGCAGCGUUUAAGUAUAUUAUAAAGCUCUGUAGUAAUAUGCAGUGUGUUAAGAUGCCACAUGAUAAUGUAUGGUUUAUGAUUAACUCCUAGUGUUAACAUUUAUUUAUUUUUUUCGUCAGAAGUGAGCACUGAAUCCGCCACUGGUUGACAGUGUUGUGUAAGGGCUGUUUUCUUAUAGGACUGUUUUUAGUUUAGCACACAUAUAGAGACAUACUUCAUAUUCACCAUUGUGGCAGCGUAGCAAUAUUCACGCUAGAUAGAUUUGCUUUGUACGGUCCCAGGAUAGGAUCAGCUAUAUACCCUAUUUAUAUAAAGCAUCAUAGCAAGAACAUUGUACUACUAUUCUACAAUAGUGGACAUUGACUAGGGUGAAUGCAAGUAGGGCAGUGCCAAAUACAGUUCAGAAGAGAGUAGUGCCAGGGCAUCUAAUGGCGUUCUGCAACAACUCGGUGCUCAGCCUGGUCAGGAAGAGCCAUUCAACCAUUAACCCCUUUUUCUGCGGGAAGCUUCCAAUCUACAGGAGACUUACCAGAUCAGCUCAUCAGGUGAGUGCUCUUUGAGUCAAUCUAGGCUCCUAAAGACCCUAUGUUCUAUUCAGUGGGUCUUCAAUGUCUAAAACAUGCAUCUUUAUUACAUACAUCUUCAUCAGACCCCAGGUAAGUUCCCACAAUAUAUCAGGCAUAUAUUUGGUGUUCACUUUCAGGUUUGCACCGGUGUUGUGCAAAUUAUAUACAUACAUAAAUCAGGUGGAGCUUCUUAAAAUAAUAGUAUAACAGAUAUUCUGUAAAAUAAAAUAUAGACCAUAGUGCAAUACAGUAGUAUAAAUUAAAUUAAAAAUAUAUAUGCAGUAGGUUAUCCACUCACAAGCCUGGAGUCAUAAUCUCAUAUGACUCUGAUGGUGUGUGCCUUUGGACCAUUCCAGGAUGUCCAAAAUCCUUUUUCCUUGCAGGACUCUGUUGGUGGUCACUCACAGACAAAAACUGUCAGGUCAGCAAUGGGUUUCCACAAGAAUUUAAUUUUAUUCCAAAUAAAAAUAAAAGAAUUAUUGAAUUAAAAAUAAAUAAAAACUUAAGUAGGGCUAUAUAGUCCUUUAAAAUCCUUUAAAAUUGCCAAUUUUUUUGGCAAUUUUAAAGGAUUUUAAAGGACUAUAUAGCCCUACUUAAGUUUUUAUUUAUUUUUAAUUCAAUAAUUCUUUUAUUUUUAUUUGGAAUAAAAUUUAAUUCUUGUGGAAACCCAUUGCUGACCUGACAGUUUUUGUCUGUGAGUGACCACCAACAGAGUCCUGCAAGGAAAAAGGAUUUUGGACAUCCUGGAAUGGUCCAAAGGCACACACCAUCCGAGUCAUAUGAGAUUAUGACUCCAGGCUUGUGAGUGGAUAACCUACUGCAUAUAUAUUUUUAAUUUAAUUUAUACUACUGUAUUGCACUAUGGUCUAUAUUUUAUUUUACAGAAAAUCUGUUAUACUAUUAUUUUAAGAAGCUCCACCUGAUUUAUGUAUGUAUAUUGUUGAUUUUUAAGUGGCAAAGGGGACACCUCUUUGAGGUGUAUAGAGUUUCAUAUUAACUGUCUUCCACACUGUGCACAUAUUUGUUAGAUUUCGGUGUUGUGCAAAUUAGCUUUUUUUUUUUAACUUUUAUUCCUUUGAGAUUUUUGUUGCAUGUUCUUCCCCCUGAAUUUUACCAUUGAUUACAUUCACAAAAUUAGACAAAUGAUUAAAGAGUCAAUUAUAACCACUUCAGCCCACAAUGUUAUCACUGACUUUUCUCAUUGUCCAUGAGGAAAAUCUCUGAAGGUUUUUAUUUAUUCUUUUGUCUGAAAUAUUAGAUUUUUAAAAAUUUUUUUUUAUAAAGGAACACUAUAGGGUCAGGAACACAAACAUGUUUUCCUGACCCUAUAGUGUUAAAACGACCAUCCCGCCCCAAAUACCUACCAGGUCGUAGGAAGAGAACCAGGUCAGUAAAUGAAAAGGGUCUGUAAUGUUAACACUGCAUUUUCUCUGAAAAGACAGUGUUUACUGCAAAAUAAGCCUAAAGGAAAGGUGUAUACUAACCAUAACAUACAAUAAGCUGUAGUUGUUCUGGUGACUGUAGUGUCCCUUUAAAGCAUGCUGCAUAGCUUUAAUGUAUAAGAGCUGUUAAAUGCAUAGCUUUAAAAUUGAAUCAAUAGAUUAACAUUUAUUAUGCUUGAAUUUUGAAUUCUGCUUUGUGUUUUACAGUUUAAUCCAAGCUUCGGUCUUCUGUUUGAUAUUGAUGGAGUCCUAGUCAGAGGCAGGAACCCUAUAUCAGGGGCAGCUGAAGCAUUCAAAAAACUGACUGACAGUGAUGGGAAGCUGGCAGUGCCAUUGGUGUUUGUGACAAAUGCAGGAAAUUGUCUGCGCCAACAUCGGGCAACAGAACUGAGCUCAGUGUUGGGUGUUGAGGUAAGUAAUGGGAUUUAGACCACACUAGAAUUUCUCCCUUUUUUGCAGAAUUGGGAAACGAGCAAUAUUGUUGUCUGAAAGUUAAUAACUGCAUUUCCAAAUAUUGCCCCUUUCCAAACCCUGAGCCCAGUAACCGCUACACACACUGUGGUGGAAGCUGAGUAAGGGGAUGGGAAUUAGGGAAGGUUUUGUCACCAAACUGCUCUUUGUGGGGGUAAGGCAGAUUGUAUAGUACAAGGAUUACAAAAAUGUAUUACACUAUAGUUCUUUCUGGCCCCUCCUUCCCUGGCAGAGCUGAAACUGCUGGGUAGACAUACUUUAAAAAAAAAUUAAAAAAAAUUAUUGAGUGUAGUUUUCCAAAAAGAUUAGUUUCACGUAUAUCCCAAUAAUGUAAAGACCCAUGAUAUGUAUGUAUAUCUUUACUUGGUGGUGUUUUAGAGGGUCAGAUUAGAGAUGUAAUCUUGAUAAAAAAAAUUUCACCCCGCAGAUAUGCCUCUUUAUUUUCUUUCCAGAUGUGCUAAUUAGGGUGACACCAUCAUUGGCCAUACUGACCAUUGUGAUAAUUUGAUGCCAUUUGUAACCCUCCCUAAUCCGAACAAUAAUUGUAAACCUAUCUAUGCAGUUUAGUAGAUUGGCCCUGUCCGCCAGUCACAGUAAUUACAUGCCUUAGUUGGGACACUGUAGACACUUUAAGUGUUAUUGUGUCUGAAGUUCCCUGGUGCCGUCCUUGCAUUCAGUGUUAAACUGUGUUUUUGUUUUGUUUUUCUUUUUUAUGUUGUAAUGCCAUACAAGAGUUCACAGCAUUCCAUCCCCUCUGUCCUGCUUCAAUUAAUGAGAAAGCAUUAGUCCGUUGUUUGACAAAUUUGAUUGGAAUAUAGGAGUUGAGUUUCAGAUUUUCUUUUUUUUUUUUUUAAACUAACAAAGCUUUAUUUUCAACAGCAAAAAUAAAAUUCUUAAAGGACACUAGUCACCAGAACCACUACAGCUUAAUGUAGCGGUUCUGGUGUCUAUAGUGUGUUCCUGCUUUUCAGAGAAGGUGUGUGUUUUUUUUUUUUGUUUUUUUUUAAUGUAUUUUCUUUACUUUUUAUUUAGACUUGUAUAGAGAACUCAUUAACCCUUUAACGCUGUUACAGCGUUCUAUGCCGUCCCGCAUUAAAAGGGCUUUAAAGCCGUUGUGGCAGCAUAGAAUGCCAUAACGGCUUGCAGCCCCAGGAGAUCGGAGGUACUUACCUCAGCCGCGAUCCUCUUCUGGAGGGCUGCCUGACAGCCCAGACAGCCCUCCCCCGGGGGCCAUGUGAUCGCUCUCAAAGAGUGAUCACAUGGCCCCCUAUAGCUGGCUGUGGAUCUGCCAGCAGGGGGACUGUCUGAAAUAUCAGACAGUCCCCCUACUGGUGGGAAGUGUAAAACAAAUUAAACAUGUUUUUAAAAUAAAAAUUAUGUGUGUGUGUGUGUAUAUAUGUGUGUAAUAUAUAUAUAUAUAUAUAUAUAUAUAUAUAAUAUAUAUGUGUGUGUGUAUUUUAAUAUUAAUAUAAGUACAUAUAUUAGUAUGAAAAUACACUUAGAAUGACGUUACAUAUAUAGUGUGUGUAUAUAUGUGUAUAUACGUAUAAUUACAAAAAUAUAAAAAAUUGAAACAAAAUUUAAUAUAAAUUAGAUAUUCAUAUGUAAUUUUAUUCUAACUGUAUUUUGUUAUUAAAAUAUAUGUAACAAAAUACACUUAGAAUGACAUUCUAUAUAUAUAUCUAUCAAUAUAUAAAAUACAAAUAACCGCAAAUAUAUAUAUAUAUAUAUAUAUAUAUAUAUAUAUAUAUAUUACAUUAGUAUACACAUAGAAUUUAAAUACCUAUAAAUGCAUAUAUAUUAAAAUUCUACAUGUAUAUUUAAGUAAUUUUUUAACAUAAUUAUGUGAUUUGAUUAAUUAAAAUUUGAUUGACAUGCUUGACAACACAGGGAGAAAGUGCAGAGAAUUUAAUUCGCAAGCACUAUAUUUGACCCUGUAACUCUCCAAGACACCAUAAAACUUGUACAUAGGGGGUAAUGUUUUACUUGGGAGACUUCGCUGAACUCAAAUUUUAGUGUUUCAAAAUGAUUAAUUGUAUUACAACGAUGAUAUUUUAAGUAAAAGUGAUGUUUUUUGCAUUUUUUACAAACCAACGGCACUUUUAUGGACUAUAUUAUUGUUGUACUAUGUUUUACUGUUUUAAAACAAUAAUAUUUGUGUUUAGUGAAGUCUCUCAAGAAUAACAGUAACCCCCAUGUACAGGUUUUAUGGUGUUUUGGAAAGUUAGAGAGUCACAUAUAAGGCUUGCAUUUCAUUUUUUUGAGAGCGUAUGGUAGCCCAGGAAUGAGAAUUACCCCCAUGAUGGCAUACCAUUUGCAAAAGUAGACAACCCAAGGUAUUGCAAGUGGGGUAUGUCCAAUCUUUCUUAGUAGCCACUUAGUCACAAACACUGGCCAAAUAUUAGUUUUUGGCUUUUUUUCACACAAAAACAAAUAUGAACGCUAACUUUAGCCAGUGUUUGUGACUAAGUGGCUACUAAAAACGACUAAACAUACCCCACUUUCAAUACCUUGGGUUGUCUACUUUUUCAAAUGUUAUGCCAUUAUGGGGGUAAUUCUCAUUCCUGGCCUACCACACUGUCUCAAAGGUAACAUUACUAAUCUGGCAAAUUUCAAUUUGAAAAUGGAACGUUCUAUAUUUGACCCUGUAACUUUCCAAAACACCAUAAAACCUGUUAAUGGGGGGUACUGUUGUACUUGUGAGACAUCGCUGAUUACAAAUAUGUGCAUUUUUUUGUGGUAAAACAUAACAGUAUUAUGACAUUCACAGCUAAAAUGUCAGACGGAAAUACAAAUUUAAAAAAAAUCUUAUUUUCUCACAUUUUUUAAAAUUUUAUUCAUAAUAAUUUAUGUUCCAUAUAUGAAUAGUUAAUGAUACAUUAAAGCCCUGUUUCUCCUGAACAAAAUGAUAUAUAAUAAGUGUGGGUGCACUUAAUGUGACAGCGGUGAAUUACGGUUGAACAGACAUAUAGCGCAAAUUCCAGUUUUUGUUUACGUUUUGUUUUGAUCAGAACGUGCACUAUUGACUCCGUCCUGAAGGGGUUAACAUUUCUUGUUGUGACUUAUGUCUAGAUUUCUGCUGAUCAAAUUAUCCUGUCUCACAGUCCCCUGCGGAGGUUCAGUCAUUUCCAUGACAAGUGGGUGCUCAUAUCUGGUCAAGGACCAGUGGAGGAAAUUGCAAAGGAGUAUCCUUUAAUGCAUAACUGUGUUGUCUAUUAUAUGUAUGCUUUUUAUAAAGCAUCAUGGUUUUAUCCAUCUGUGGUUCAGAGCAUGCAAGGCACUACAUCAGAAUUGGAUGCGGUGACAAACUAUGGUAUGGGCAAACUUUUUUUCAAGCAAUGCACCAUUCCCUAUUGUUUUUUUAUCUGUUACCACUUGUGAUGUAUUGGUGUUGCUUUACAAUUAAGAUAUAACACAUCUUAUGCAGGAGUUGCUGUGACUGUGUUUACAAUAAUCAGCUCAGGAGAAGUUGACUGUGUGCAAAUGUUUAUUGACCUUUACCCACUUUCCUGACUACGCAUAGUCUGGGUUUCUGUAAAAUAAUUACCAUUGAUGAUCUGAGAGCAGCGUACCCAAUGCUAGAUAUGGUGGACCACAGCCGCAGGCCCAAGAACUCGGUAAGUACAAAAGAGAAGAUGGAGAUUUUGUAAUCCUGGAAAUUAACACUACUAUUUUUGGCAUACAAACAUUCUAACAUGAGCUAGUAAUCUAAAUGUUAUGUAAUUCCUGAAAUUAACAUUCUAAAAAGAUUGUGGGAUACAUUGCUACAUGUAUAUCACAAAACUAACACCUUGGUUUCUGGGUCAAAACAUUUUUGAGUGAUUAGACCAAAACAGGGGGUCCCUAAGGCACCCUUGGGCCUACAGCAGCUCGCUUUAUUGCUAAUGUGGAUUUUUGGACAGCGUUGUUAGAUUGAAUGUGUUAACUUACAUGCUUAGUCAAUCAGUACCAUCCAAAUAAGUAUUAUAUUGAUAUUGCUAAUACAAACGUAAGCUUGAAAUUGGUUAGAAUGGCACUGUUGGUAAGUGCUCAGGGAUGACGUAAAAAAAAAAAGUUUGUGAGAGGACAAGUUCACGUAUGUACGACAAAGAAUCUAGAGUCUGCUCAAAAAAUGCUAGUAUUCUAUUCUCCCACUAUUUCCCAUGUGUUGUAUAAAAGAAGAUUGAAGCAUCACCCAGAUUCUGCUAUUCAAACUUUUUUGAAGCUUGUCCAAAACGUUUUGACCAUAUUGGCAAGGAUUCACUCACAUCUAUUCACAGGGCCGGACUGGGAACUAAAAGCAGCCCUGGAAAAAAAUUCUAUACCAGCCCAAUAAUGCGUUGCGCCAGCAUAGUGUGCUGAUAUAAAGGGUGAAAAAAUAAAAUUGAAAACUAUUACUCCAACGAAAGAACGCAUAUAGGGCUUCAAAAUAAACAAAAGAGCGCCUUUAUUUUAAGCAGACGUACAUUUGCAUGUAAUCAAUGUUUCAGUACAACUACUUUGGCCUAUUAAGGACAUUUUAGUAAUCUGACUGAAAUGGUGAAUGUAUGCGGUUGCACAACUGAAAAAAAAAUGAAGUUAUCUUGUUCAUUUUGAAGUCCUAUGGGUGCGCUCUUCACUUGAAUAUGUUAUUGUGUAUGAGUAUGCAACUAGCAACAAGACUGGGCCAAUACGUGCUCAUUACAUAUGUAUAUAUUAAUGACAUUUAUGUGUGUAUUAUGCAUAUAUAAAUGUAUAUUAAUAUAUGUGUAAAUAUUAUAGGCAUAAUUAUAUAUGUUACUAAUACACACAUCAAUAUACAUGCAUAUAUAUAUGUGUGUGUAUUACUGUCAGGAUCACCUCAAUUACGUCUAUUACGUUUACCUCGUUUAGUGUAUCUUGUCUCCAAUUGUCUCCUUUUUGUCUCUUACAGCGACCCUUGUGUAUCUUUUAUUUCAUCCCAGCCCCUGUGUGUUUCUUUUUACCCUUCUCCAGCCUCUGUAUGUCUCUUUCCCCCAGCCCCUUUUGUGUAUGUCUUAGCCCCAGCCCCUUUGUCUCUUUCUCCCCUUCCAAAUCUCAUCUGUGUCUCUUUCUAACUCCAGACUCUGUGUGCCUCUUUCUCUUCUCCCAGCCGUCUCUUUUUUCCCCCAGCCCAGCGUUGCCUCCCACAAAUCUUGUGUCACUUUGUUCCACUUCCCUUCUGUAUGUCUUUGUCCCCCCCCAACAAACCUGUGUGUCUCUUUCUCCCCUCUCCUCCCUGUGUCUUUCUCCCCUCUCCUCCCUGUGUCUUUCUCCCCCUCCUCCCUGUGUCUUUUCUCCCUCUCCCUGUGUCUUUCUCCCUCUCCUCCCUGUGUCUCUCCCUCUCCUCCCUGUCUCUCUCUCCUCCCUGUGUCUCUCUCCCUCUCCUCCGUGUCUCUCUUUCCCCCUCUCCUCCCAGUCUCUCUUCCCCUCUCCUCCCUGUCUCUCUUCCCCCUCUCCUCCCUCUUCCCUCCUCCCCUCUCUUCCCUCCUUUCCCCCUCCUCCCCGUGGCUCUCUCUUCCCCCCCUCUCCUCCCGUGUCUCUCUUCCCCCUCUCUCCCCUUCCCUCCCUCUCCUCCCUGUCUCUCUCCUCCCUCUCUCCCUCGUGUCUCUCUUCCCUCCCCUCUCCUCCCUGUCUCUCUUUGCCCCUCUCCUCCCCGUGUCUCUCUUUGCCCCCCUUCCCCUGUCUCUAUUACCACUCUGUUUCUUUGUCCCCUGUUCCCUGGUGUCUCUUUAUUAUCCCCAUCUGUUUCCGUGUCUCUCUAUUAACCCUCUAUUUGUCCCCCCUUCCCCUCUGUUUCUGUGUCCCUGCUGUCUGCUGACUUUGUCACAGGAGGACUGAGGGAGGGGCAGAGCUAACUACCAUGCUCCCUCGCGGUUCCCAUAAUUCCCAGUACAGCCACAUCAGAGUAAUCCCUACUCUAUGAUGUGGCUGUGCUGGGAAUAAUGGGAACCGCGAGGGAGCAUGGUAGUUAGCUCUGUCAGACUUUUUCUAGUGUAUAUUGUUUUCAGUCUGCCCUGAUGUCAGCGCUUCUGCUGGGGUAGCUUGGUUGGGCACCCUACCUGCCUGUGCCGUGUAUUAUUUUUAAAGCAUCAACACAUUCUGCUGUACUGUACAAUAGGUGAACUAACAAUCAAGUAGGUUCGACAAGUUGGAUGUACAGUAACAGGUAGAGUCCUUAAGGCCCUGACCUCAGUGACACAAGAGGUAAAGGGACGUUGUAUUAUAUGUAUGGAAAGUUGUUUGCUUGAAGAGUUUGUUAAUUGUACAGGUGAGGCAGAGGAAAGGAAAAAAAUAUGGGUUAUUGUAGGAGAGAGGGAAAUAUGUUAACAAUUUAAUUGAUAAGGCAAAAAAUAGAAAGAGGUCCAGGCACUCCAGAAUUCAAAGAAGACUAUUUAUUGAACCCACCGCAAAUCACUUUGAUGCAUUUUUGGAAAAGGAGUGAAGUUUGGGUGAGAGUCUGAUGGAGUGGGGGGAGGGCAUUCCAUAGGAACAGUGCAGUUCUAAAGAAGUCUUGAGUGAGAGUCAAGGUUGUGAGUACAUGCAAAGGUCUUUGGCCUGUUUGGAAUAUACUUGAAUACUGGUGAAAAUCGGUAGAUGGGGAUCACGUUAUGAAGAGAUUUUGACUUGAAUCCUAACAUUUAUUCAAAGCCAAUGUAAGGACUGACAGUGUGGGAGGCAUAGGUGCUGCAGGUUGGCAGAUAGGUGAGCCUGGCUGCAACAUUUAUUAAGGAUUGUAUUGCACUAAGAUGGGAAAAGGUAAGACCAGGGAGAAGAGGAUUGCGAUAGUUUAUACAGGAAAUAAUUGGGGCAUGGACAUGCUCCUUAGCUGCUUCUAGUGUGUGGUAGUGGCGGGUGGAAACAACCAGUCAGGUUUGGUGUGGAUAUGAGUGGUUGAAGGGGUUGUCGUCUGUGGGGUAGAAAUGAUGGCAGUGCUAUUGCCUUGGAGUCCGACAUGAGGUCAUUAGUUCUUCACUGAAUAAAGAUGAGAUUCUAUUUAAAAAAAAUUUGGUUAGAGGGCCCAAGUUUAAACGUAAUUGACUCCAUUUUGAAUACCCACUCAUGCACUGGCAGACCUGUGAGUAAUGCACAGGUUUCCGAAUUUAAACUGAGCCUGCGUGCUCAAGAUAAACUGUAUUUUCAGAUAGUCUCUCUGAUUACAUAUAUUUGCGGCAGAGGACCUGUGAGUCCUAUUGUUAAUUACUAAUUGCUGAAAAAUAAACUUUAUUCUCAAAAAAAAAAGAGAAAUUCUGAUUUUAAAAGAUUGAAUGGCUCAUUUGUUUAAACUAAUUUAGAAAUGGAAGUGAGUCACCUGGAGACAUUAUUCAAGAGGGGUGCCAAGAUUUGGAAAAGAUGGGUAGAUCUUCAUGUUAUUGCCAUAGAAGAGAUAUUUGAAGCUAGAGGAAAUGAUUAGUUUACCAAGGGAGGCAGUGUAAAUUGAGAUCUUGGGGAGCAUUGACAAGGAGUUGUUAAGGGGCGGAAAUGCCAAAUAAGGAGACACUGAAAGAGCACUGUGAGAAGUAGAUGGAAUACAAGAAAAGAGCGGAACCUCAUAGACAAAUUUUAUGAAGAUUGAAAAGAAGUAUUCAACAGUAAUAUGUAUCAAAAGCAGUGGAAAGGUAGAAGCGAUUUAGAGAGCAGUAGUAACUAUUGGAUUUUGUGUCAUUGGACACUUUAAAAGCGGACAGACUGAGUGAGGAAACCAGACUGAAGCGGGUCAGACUGAGUAUUGGAUUCAAGGAAGUUAGUCUUCUAUACACAACGCUCUUGUUCUUGGAGGCAAAUAGUAGUAGGGAGAUAGAAAUGGGGAGUUUGGGUCAAAGUUGAGUUUUUUUUUUUCGUAUUGUAUGCAUGCUUGAAGGGAGAGAGUAAGAUUGUGAAUUUUAGUGAAACACAGAGCAAGAGGGUGGGAGGUAUAGUGUACAAUUAAGAUGUGUGGGAAUGUAAUAGAAGAGACAGAUUGGUGAAGCAAGAGGACCAAAGCAUAGCGGACACCUCUUUUAUGGUAGUGGAUCUGAGUGUGCGUGCAUUUGGGUAGUGAAGGGGAUAGGCGAAAGUAUUGAGCCCCCUUCCUUGAUUCAGCAUAUCUUCUCUGAAGUUUAAAUUGGUUAGAUUAGCAGGAGAGAGACGUUUGGGUGUAGCUGUGCGAUUAAAGUAUGAAAAAGUUAUUUGGAUUAUUGGUGGAUUGUUAUGUAAUAUUUGAAAUGAUUUUCUUUGGCAAAAGGAGGUGUGCCUUAAUUGUACAGGGAGUGCAGAAUUAUUAGGCAAGUUGUAUUUUUGAGGAUUAAUUUUAUUAUUGAACAACAACCAUGUUCUCAAUGAACCCAAAAAACUCAUUAAUAUCAAAGCUGAAUAUUUUUGGAAGUAGUUUUUAGUUUGUUUUUAGUUAUAGCUAUGUUAGGGGGAUAUCUGUGUGUGCAGGUGACUAUUACUGUGCAUAAUUAUUAGGCAACUUAACAAAAAACAAAUAUAUACCCAUUUCAAUUAUUUAUUAUUACCAGUGAAACCAAUAUAACAUCUCAACAUUCACAAAUAUACAUUUCUGACAUUCAAAAACAAAACAAAAACAAAUCAGUGACCAAUAUAGCCACCUUUCUUUGCAAGGACACUCAAAAGCCUGCCAUCCAUGGAUUCUGUCAGUGUUUUGAUCUGUUCACCAUCAACAUUGCGUGCAGCAGCAACCACAGCCUCCCAGACACUGUUCAGAGAGGUGUACUGUUUUCCCUCCUUGUAAAUCUCACAUUUGAUGAUGGACCACAGGUUCUCAAUGGGGUUCAGAUCAGGUGAACAAGGAGGCCAUGUCAUUAGAUUUUCUUCUUUUAUACCCUUUCUUGCCAGCCACGCUGUGGAGUACUUGGACGCGUGUGAUGGAGCAUUGUCCUGCAUGAAAAUCAUGUUUUUCUUGAAGGAUGCAGACUUCUUCCUGUACCACUGCUUGAAGAAGGUGUCUUCCAGGAACUGGCAGUAGGACUGGGAGUUGAGCUUGACUCCAUCCUCAACCCGAAAAGGCCCCACAAGCUCAUCUUUGAUGAUACCAGCCCAAACCAGUACUCCACCUCCACCUUGCUGGCGUCUGAGUCGGACUGGAGCUCUCUGCCCUUUACCAAUCCAGCCACGGGCCCAUCCAUCUGGCCCAUCAAGACUCACUCUCAUUUCAUCAGUCCAUAAAACCUUAGAAAAAUCAGUCUUGAGAUAUUUCUUGGCCCAGUCUUGACGUUUCAGCUUGUGUGUCUUGUUCAGUGGUGGUCGUCUUUCAGCCUUUCUUACCUUGGCCAUGUCUCUGAGUAUUGCACACCUUGUGCUUUUGGGCACUCCAGUGAUGUUGCAGCUCUGAAAUAUGGCCAAACUGGUGGCAAGUGGCAUCGUGGCAGCUGCACGCUUGACUUUUCUCAGUUCAUGGGCAGUUAUUUUGCGCCUUGGUUUUUCCACACGCUUCUUGCGACCCUGUUGACUAUUUUGAAUGAAACGCUUGAUUGUUCGAUGAUCACGCUUCAGAAGCUUUGCAAUUUUAAGAGUGCUGCAUCCCUCUACAAGAUAUCUCACUAUUUUUGACUUUUCUGAGCCUGUCAAGUCCUUCUUUUGACCCAUUUUGCCAAAGGAAAGGAAGUUGCCUAAUAAUUAUGCACACCUGAUAUAGGGUGUUGAUGUCAUUAGACCACACCCCUUCUCAUUACAGAGAUGCACAUCACCUAAUAUGCUUAAUUUGUAGUAGGCUUUCGAGCCUAUACAGCUUGGAGUAAGACAACAUGCAUAAAGAGGAUGAUGUGGUCAAAAUACUCAUUUGCCUAAUAAUUCUGCACUCCCUGUAUAGUGAAGGAAGUAAUUUGAUAGUUGGGACUUUCUUUUUUAAAUUCUUAAUUUUGUAGUGCAAAAUAUUUUCAAACAAGCAUGUACUGCCAUUUCAGAAUUAUCAAGCUUUGAUUCAGUACAUCUGGUGUGGCAUUAGCAUGGCACAGAGAAACAUUGCACAUCUUUUCAAUAAGGAAUAACCGGAACAGUAAACAGUUUGGUUAGUCACAUCUAUAUAGUGGAGUAGGCCCAGUGGGGCCACAAGGCUCUUGUCUACUGCAAGAAUUUGUGGUCUGGGAUUUUGUUUUAUGCGACUAUGUAGUCUUUGUGAUAGAAUUUAGUCUCUACUAAGUAACAAGCUAGUCGUAGUAGAGCAAAUGUUGGGCAGGCACUGUGGUUCUAAGGCACUAUAGUGUCAAUAGUUGAGACUUUCUGCAGCAACUCUUAUCAGUUCUAGAGAGUUUAAGGUUGCAAUUGUAGACACUUAAGAUGUUGACAUGUGGGAGGUGCCAUGUUAUCGCUUUCAGAGGAUAGGGUAGAGCUAUAGAGGUUCAUGUGAGAUUGAUGUACAUUGGGUGUUUUUAAUUUGGGUGUAAAGUGCUGAUACUAAAGGUCAAAAGAAGGUCAGACAGGAAAAUGAACAUUUUAAUUUAGAGAUUGUGCAGAGAUUAGUGAAGAUGAGUACAAGAGUGUUGCUAUUAUAUGUUGUUCGUAAAAUUUUAAAAUAUAAACAAGACUUCCUAAAAAGUGUUGUAAUCUAUUUUGUACUCUAAUAUUCGUUUAUCUUAUUUUGUUACCUCUUUUAUUGCAGCCCCUCAUUAGUUCGGCUUUUCCUGCCAUUGAAGGUGAGAACUCUUAUUUAAACUUUAUAAGCUUAAAAUGUCUGUCAUACCUGCCACUAAACACUAUUUAAAGGGACACAGUAGUCACCAAAACAACUUUAGCUUAAUGAAACAGUUUUGGUGUAUAGAUAAUGCCCCUACAGCCUCAAUGCUCAAUUAUCUGCCAUUUAGGAGUUAAAUCACUUUGUUUAUGAACCCUAGUUACACCUUCCUGCAUGUGAUUUGCACAGCCUUCCUAAACACUUCCUGUAAAGAGUCAUCUAAUGUUUAUCCUUCCUUUAUUGCAAGUUCUAUUUAAUUUAGAUUUUCUUAUCCCCUGCUAUAUUAAUAGCUUGCUAGACCCUGCAAGAGUUUGCUGUAUGUGAUUUAAAGUACAAUUUACAGAGCAAGAGAUACAAAUCUUUAAGGUAAAUUACAUCUGAUUGAAAGUGAAACCAGUUUUUUUCAUGCAGGCUGUGUCAAUCAGAGCCAGGGGAGGUGUGUCAAAGGCUGCAUAAACAGAAGCAAAGUGAUUUAAAGGAACACUAUAGUCACCUAAAUUACUUUAGCUAAAUAAAGCAGUUUUAGUGUAUAGAUCAUUCCCCUGCAAUUUCACUGCUCAAUACACUGUCAUUUAGGAGUUAAAUCACUUUGUUUCUGUUUAUGCAGCCCUAGCCACACCUCCCCUGGCUAUGAUUGACAAAGCCUGCAUGAAAAAAAACAAACUGGUUUCACUUUCAAACAGAUGUAAUUUACCUUAAAUAAUUGUAUCUCAAUCUCUAAAUUGAACUUUAAUCACAUAGAGGAGGCUCUUGCAGGUUGUAGCAAGCUAUUAAUAUAGCAGGGGAUAAGAAAAUCUUAAUUAAACAGAACUUGCAAUAAAGAAAGCCUAAAUAGGGCUCUCUUUACAGGAAGUUUAUGGAAGGCUGUGCAAGUCAAACAAAGGGAUCUAACUCCUAAAUGGCAGAGGAUUGAGCAGUGAGGCUGCAGGGGCAUGUUCUAUACACCAAAAUUGCUUCAUUAAGCUAAAGUUGUUCAGGUGACUAUAGUGUCCCCUUAACUCUUAAAUGGGCUCCCUUUGCGCUGGGGUCUCUCCUCCUCCUUCCGACGUCAUCGGCUGAAUGUGCAUGCGCGGCAAGAGCCGCGCGCGCAUUCAUUCAGUCCAUAGGAAAGCAUUCUCAAUGCUUUCCUAUGGACGCUGGUGUCUUCUCACUGUGAUCACAGUGAGAAGCGUGGAAGCGCCUCUAGCGGCUGUCAGUGAGACCGCCACUAGAGGCUGGAUUAACCCAUAUGUAAACAUAGCAGUUUCUCUGAAACUGCUAUGUUUACAGCAGGCAGGGUUAACCCUAGAUGGACCUGGCACCCAGACCACUUCAUUUAGCUGAAGUGGUCUGGGUGCCUAUAGUGGUCCUUUAAGCUAAAGUUGUUUAGGUGACUAUAGUGUUCCUUUAAUAUGUUCCAUGGUCUACAAACCUCUAAGAUUGCCUUUUAAUUGUUGUACAGUGCUUGGUCACAAUAUUCCAAUUGUUUUGCAGCUGUGGUCCUGAUUGGUGAACCAGUUCGAUGGGAGACCAGCCUGCAGCUUAUCCUAGAUGUUUUGCUGAGUGCAGGAAGACCCUCAGAGUGGCUCUCACAGGUCCCAUAUCCACACAUUCCAGUCAUGGCUUGUAAUAUGGACCUUGUCUGGAUGGCAGAAGCCAAAGCCCCUAGGUCUGUAUCAAUUAAAAUAAUUUAUUCUGUCAUAAGGGACUGCUUAUUGUAAAUUAAUAUAUAUAUACAGAAAAUGAAGCAACCCUGUAUGUGAUUAAAUGGAACCUCCAGGUACCAUAGCAACUUAUUUGUAAUAAAGUUGUAUGGUGCCAGGAGGUACCUGGCAACACACUUGCCAUUAUUAGUUAAACUUUUCACAAAUGGUUUAACCUUGGAGUCUUCAUGUACAUAUUGUGUGCAUGCAGAUCAUUCAGAAUGUGUUAAUAUGGGUUUUGCACCAUUUACAGAAUGUUUCAAUUAACAGAUUUGGCCAUGGUACAUUUCUGGUAUGUUUGGAGACUUUGUAUCACAAACUUACUGGGCAUCAACUGAAGUAUGAAGCCCUGAUCGGGAAACCCAGUACAGUGACCUACAGCUUUGCUGAGCACCUCAUUCUGAAACAGGCCAAGGAGCGAAACUGGAGUAAUCCCAUCCAUACACUGUAUGCUGUUGGGUAAGUCCUCUAUUGCAAUAUUAAUAUAUCCUGUGUUUCAUAAAUUUUGGAAUAUAUUUGAUUUUUAUUUUCUUUGUCACCUUACCUUUUUCAGUUUGUACUGGACUGUUCACAUAAAUACAAAAUAUUCUCUUAUGAAUGUAUGUUUAUAUCUUAUUUCAGAGAUAAUCCAAUGGCAGAUAUAUAUGGAGCCAAUCUGUAUAAUCUACACCUCCAAAGCCAGCCUGGAAGGAUGGAGGACGGUCGCCCACAGAGCUGUCAGUCAAUCCUAGUCUGUACAGGGGUUUAUGGCAAUCAGAAAGAGGUACCACCUGAUCCUCAAGAGAGUGUGACGCAGACAGUCUUCCAUGGGCACCGUGAUUUCCGCCUUGACCCCACUUUGGUGGAGGCUUCAUAUGUAGUGCAAGAUGUGGGGCAAGCCGUGGAUCUCGUGCUGAAAAAGGAGGGAUGGGUCUUAGAUCAAAUGGCGCCACCCCUCUGAGUCAGAGAAUGAGUGGCAGAGAUGACUUUGUAAAGGGAAAGUACAGUAGACUAGUAAUACUUUAUCUAAUAAGGUAAGUAACAUGAAAAAUAAUCUUCCAUUCUGGAAGGUUGAGAUUACUGAGAAAAGAGAGAAACAAAUUAAAAUUAAGGGGGGGGGGGAAGCAAUAUGGCAAAGACUAUAAAAAUACACGUGAUAAAUUAAAAGACUAUCAGACAAUUUUUUUAUGGAAACACUAGACUCAAGUAUCAUGAUUCCAAAAAAAAAAACCUCUCCCAAUGUCUGUCAUUAUUUAAAUCCAGAAGUGUGUUUCCAAACAUGGCCCAUUCCUUUGACUGAAUAAUGGCUUUGGAAAUUGAACCAAUCCGCUUUCAAUUUUGUAUACUUACAAAAUGAAUUUUAAAUUUAAGGCCAGAGUAGCUGAACUGUAAACAUAGUUGACUGAGAGAAUAUUUCCAGUUUGGCUAGUUUCACCUUAAAGGAACACUAUAGAGUCAGGAACACAGACAUGAAUUCCUGACCCUAUAGUGUUAUAACCACCAUUUAGGUGAUUUGCCCCCUAAAAGUAAAUAAACUUCCCUUAUUUCCACUGCCGCAAAGGUCUUCUGGCCCCACCACGAUCCACUUUCUUGGCUGACAUCAGAAUCUAUUUUCAGCCAAUUCAGUGCUUUCCCACGGCAAAAUCAUUGCUGAGAUUGUCAAGUGGGUGUGACCAAACACUAGGUUGGUCAAUCAGCAUCUCCUUAUAGAGAUGCAUUGAAUCAAUGCAUCUCUAUGGGGAAAGUUCAGCAUCUCCAUGCAGAGUGUGAAGAUGCUGAAUGUUACUGCCCCAGGAAGCACAUCUAGUGGCCACUGGAGAUGUCCCUAGGGAGCAAUGUAAACACUGCCUUUCCUCUAAAAAGGCAGCAGGGCAGGCUAUACUCACCAGAACAACCACAUUAAACUGUAGUUGUUCUCUUGACUAUAGUAUCUCUAUAAAUUUGGAAUUCAACUUGAAUUUUCAUGUUUGUGUAUAACCCUGUAAAUCAGAGAAAGGGCAUGAUGAAUAUAUACUACACUGCUUCUUGCAGAAGUGCUAUGUAAAGCUUUGAUAGCAAUGCAAUGAAGGGAAAUAUCUUAUUCUGUUAACACAACAUUGGAGUGUCAACUGUUUUUAUGACUGGUUUUAGAAGGGCAUUAACUUUACAUUAGUUAGUAUUGUAUCUUACUGUCAACAGUUAGUUGAAUUCUGUUUUUUAUAUGGGAUUUUAAAAUGAAGAGAUACAAACAUACUCCAAAGAGACUCAAUCGUACUUGCAACAGAAUGCUGAAAGGGCAGGACUGAAUCCGCUCACUUCAUAAGACAAGUAAAUUACAUGUCUAUGGUGCUUAAAUUCUGAACUGUAAAUUUAUCAGUCCAUUAUGCCUUUUGUUUUUAUUGAUGUAUGCAUGUGGGUAGCGUAGCCAUUGUCUGAGAUUAUAAAUCAUGUAAGCAUGCAGAUAGGGCUCUCAGAACUGGAGAUAUUUCAAAUUGUGGUGAGAGCGAGUUAGCUUGCGUCAGAGCAUUUGUCUACAAUCAAGGUGCAUUUUAGGGCACAUCAGCAGUUCUUCUAGACAGCACUGAUUGGAGGUCCUUACAGGCAGCCUGUUAUCCUGGCACACAUGGAUGACACACCAAGCUCCAAAGGGAGAUCUUCAGCUUCUCCCAAACUCAACCAUCCAUCCUAACUUCAGAUCUGCCAGCAUGGGCAGGUUUGUGAAUGUACUUCAUUUGUUUGUGGUCAUCAAUUUAAGGAGGGAGAGAGAAUGAAUAAAUGUGUGUGUGUGUGCACGCGCGCUGUCCUUUCUGGGAUGAGCCUUUUUCUAGCUGUUUGUUUUUAACAUUAUUUUACGUGAUUUCCUUUUUACAGAAGGUGCCUUUUUAAAUUUGUGUUGUUACUUUGUGCUAUGACCAUAACAAAGUUCCCUGAAAACAAAAAAAGUAGAAUUUCUAUAAAGUGUAUAGAAAAGUGUGUCUGCGUGUUUUUCUUUUUUGCUAUCUUCAAUGUCACUUCUUUGUACAUUUAGUUCACUUGUAUGUCUGUAUUGAUAUAUUUGUACAUCUGUACUGGAAACAAAGUUAUGAAAUAAUAGCAUAUGUAGAUGAAUGCAGACAUGGUGAAAAAACCAAUGUAUAGAUACUUUUUAUUAGUUAGGGAAGAGCUAUCAACGUUGGGAGUAAUUGUUGCCCAGUUAUCUUGGCAGAUUUGCUCAAGGUGACUCUGGUUGGUUGGGUGGCCCUUCUGGAGUGCGGUUUUCAAAAAGUACAACAGUUUUUUCAAUAGGAUUGGGAUCAGGACAGGGAUUUGUCCAGUACUAGGAUAUUAUCGUUUUUGUUCAGUCAUUCCACAAUCACUUUUUUACAAUAUGUUUAGGAUCAUUCUGCUGAUAGGUCAUCUUUCUCUCAAUGUUCAAAAACAAAUGUAUAAUUUAUUUUUUAUUUUUUUUUAUCUAAAUUUUAUUGAUGCAGUCAAAAAGAG